GUCUUGUAUUUUUACUGAUUUUUUUUUUUUUUUUUUUUUCCUGGGAUGUCUCUACCUUUUAUGCCGUUCUCCACGCGACCUAUGCCUUGAGUCUCAGAUGCUUCAGACCCGAGAAGAGUAUACAUGACCAUGCUCACAGCUAAGCAACCAGUGCAUUACGGCUACAAGUCCGUCCAUGAUCUCCCGACGCCGCCUUCCACAUCCCGACUUUCUCCUCCUUUGGCCUACCAAGAGCCGUCUCACUCCCGACGGCCGUCAAUUCCUCUCAGCCACAGCCCCCAGGACCAGCAAAUGUCGUCAUCAGCGCCGCCCCGAGGCCUUCCGCUCCCGGCAGCCAUGGCUCUCCCCCCUCAUCAGUCUCACGCUGGCGGGACCCCUUCUCAACAGCCUCCGCCACCCGGACAAUCUUCCACGGUCCAGGGCCCGAUAACACACGGCCAUGUUCUGGGUCAACUGCCUGGUCCGCCACCGCAGUGGCAAGGCUCGGAGGACUCUAUGAGGAGCUGGCUAGCGGCCAAGUCCGAAGAAGAACGUCGGAGACAGGAGGAAGAAAGGACGAAGCAGGAAUCGCUGCGUCUCGAGCAAAGAAGAAUAGAGGCAGACAUGCUGCGGACAUCCCUUCAGGGGGGGAUUCCUCCCGCCAUAGUACCGCUCGUGUUCGCCGGAAUGGGGGGCGCCGUGUCCCCCGCCGCUUUAGAGGCUGCCCAGCAUUACCUGGCAUCUCCGGUACAGGGGCAGCAUCCCCAGCUAUUGCCUCCACAGGGGCAGAGGUCGCCAGAGCACCGGCGGGACUCCCAAGCACAAGGAUACAGUCAGUAUACCGGCGUGCCUUCUACUCCCGGCUCGGCGGGCCCUCACGGGUAUCCGGCGUAUCCUGGGUCUCCGACAACGAGGGUGAGAGCGCAGACCUUAUCUUCAACGACGUCAACAGGGCGUCCACUAGGCCCGGGCGCUGCGCUCCCAGGUCUGAAUAGCGGGAUCCAGCAGUCUGGCCCAUCUUCAUCCCUUCAGAGCCAUGGCGCACACGCCAUGGCGCCGUCGCAAUCGGCAGCGGGGCAACAAGAGUCGCAUCAGAGCACGGGCAUUUACUUCCAUCACUGGCAGCCCCCGACUUCGCAAGCCGGAAGCUCAAACCAGCCUGCGACACCUGGUGCGUCCAACAAGAGCAAAAGAAAGCGAGAGUCGCUCUAGGCUAACCUUUGGCUUGUGAAUGGUGCACACCAGCAACGACCCCGAUCUCCCGGUUCGCAGAGCGGUUCAACAUUAGGGAAUCCUCCCCCACGUAGAGGUAAAGGACAUAUGCGCCAGCGAAGCGACAUUUCAACCCAUAGGCCUACUGGGCGUGGCAGCGGCGAGGGUAUGGGACCCGUUGGGGAACUAGCAUCGCCACAGGGUACCAGCACAUCGAAGGAAGGAGAGCCAAGUCAGCCACAGACGCCGCAACAACGACCCAGCAGGAGUGGCGGCGGACAUUCGGUGUCGUCACUAUUAUCAGGAGAACCACAACUACCUGAGAAG